UCAUUAUUGGAAAUAGCAGUGAAUCGAAAUGUUGAGGUUAACGUUAGGAAAAAAUUUAAACAUUUUUUCAAAAACUUUGGCUACAAAUGUAGAUCAAGCAGUUUUAUUGAAUGGUUUUGCGAAUCAUCAAAAAAAGUUAUCACAUGAAACCAUCGAUCAUCGUCCAUUUUCAUUAACAACCACCCGCUUUUGUGAAGAAAAAGAUGAGAGCGAAGAACGAGUGAGUCCUAUGUAUAAAAAGUAUGCUGGUACUCUCCGUGAUCGAACCAAAAAAAUCGACGUUGAAACCAGCAUUGAAUACAUGCAAAGUGGUGCAUUCUCGAGUACAUACGGCGAUAAAAAAGUGUGGCAAUUAUAUCGGCGAGUGCACAAGGGUCAAUUUCCCAGAAGAAAAACGCGUUUAACUUGUAUUCGGCAUAACGUCAUCGCAACUGGUAGCCCGUGUCCAGUUUGUCGUGAUGAAUAUCUAGUAUUGCAUCAUGAAAAUGUUGAACUUUUAAAACAGUUCAUUUCGCCAUACACUGGAGAGCUUUUAUCUUAUGAAAUAACCGGAUUGUGUCAGAAGCAACACACAAAAUUAGAGGUGAACGUUGAGCGUGCAUACGAUUUUGGAUUGUUGGAAUACGUUGUACCGCAUCGUGAAUUUAGCUACGCUGAUUAUUACGACGUUUAUAAGAAACCAACAACCGAAAUUAAAUAGAUUUUUAGUUUAUAUUUAGUUUAC